GCAAUGGCAAGCCGGCGAAGCGGCUUUGCAGAGUGUGCCGAGGCAAAUCUGUGCAGUCUGCAUCAGUUUACAUACAGCAGACGUCGUGCUGCAGCAACCGCGACAAAUUGAGCGCAGCAACGGACGUGUAAGGGCACGCAUACAAAGGCUGCAGCACUGCAGCAGCAACACGCUGCGAGCGCAGAGGUAGGUCAACCAUGGGAAAACGACCGCAACAAAACAAGGGCAAAAAAAAGGGGGGCAAGCGCUCCCGCGUGCAGCGCGACUACGACGAAGGCUUGGAUGAUGACGUCGUCGAGCAGCACAUCCCGGCCGGCCCCCGCGCGGCGCGGAGCACGCAGAAGAAGGUCGAGGCCUCCAUCGCGACGUGGGAGAGAGUAAAAGAGGCCCAGUUCCAUCAGCAGCAAAAAGCGCGCUUUGCCAAACCGCCACCACCGGAAAAGCCCAAAGGGCUGACGAAGGCGCAGCGCCGAGCGCGGCGGCGGCGCGAGCUGCGGGGCCCUGCAACCGAGCGGGCCUGGCCGACGCGGAAGCAGCUCUCGGCCGCGGCGCGCGCGCGCAUCGUCGGCGACGGCGGCGACGACGACGAGGACGCGUCGGCCGGCGAGGUGUCCGAGGCAUCGUCGUCGUCGUCGUCGUCGGGAGAGGAGGAGUCCGACGACGAGGAGGAAGAAGAGGAAGCAGAGGCGGAGGAAAAGGAGGACGACGACGACGAGGAGGAGGAGCCGGAGGAGGUCGUAGACGACGCCGACGCGAUCGGCAGAGAAAGAGCCAGGGCCUGCGACGCGCAGUUCGGCCAAUCGUUGACGGCCCAGGAGGUGGCCGCGUUAUCAGAGAGACGCCCGGCCGCCGAGUACGCUUCUACAUCCAUAGAGCAUGUGACCGAAAGUGGCCCGCCGGUCGACUGGGCGCGAUUGGACGGAGAGGAGCGUCGACUGGGCGUGCGCUUCGACGAGGCGACGUCAUCGCAACGCGUUUUUUUGCGGGCGUUAUCGACGUUUAAAGACGUCGUGCAGUCUGACGUUGAUUACCAGAGACGGCCGCAAUUACUACGGGCCGCGCUCGCGCAUGUGUUAGAUCACGUCACCCGGUCGAGAAGGGUCAUGCUGCGCCACGACCGCUCCCGUACGAAGGAGGAGGCGCCCUCAUCUCCAGUAAAGGGUGCCAGCCGGUCCGCACCCUUGGUACCUCCAAAACCAACAGAAACAUAUAAACACCUCGACGACGUCGACGAAGAAGAUACAAGGAGGGACCAGGGCCCUACUAGAUGCAGAGCUCUGGUGCUGGUGGCCACGCGCAAGGCCGCGUUGGAAGUUUGUACGACACUCAAGGCCUUAGCACACAGUUCGAAGCACACUGGACGAUUGGAGCAGGAGUUAGGGGUGGACGAGGACGACCCCGCGAUGCAGCGAGAAGGCCCGCCGGACUGGGAGGCCGUGUUUAAAGGGAAUACCGACGACGUUUGUGAAGUCGGAAUAAGCGUGCGCGUCGACCGAUCGAAUAUAACAGUGGACUUCUUCGCGGGUACGCGCUCGAAAUCCGAUCUGAUCAUAGCGACGCCGUUGGCAUUGCGCCUCGCAGCCGAAGAAGAAGGUCGGCAGGGCGUCCUGGAUCGAUUGUCAUCGGUAGAAGUUCUACUCAUGGACCAGGCCGAUGUCUUGUUGUACCAGAACUGGGAGACCGUGGAACGAUGUAUAAGAGCGGUAUCAGGCGUCCCUUCUUCGGUAGAAGCGGACGUGCAGCGGGUCCGGCUGCCCUUCCUCGACGCCCAUGGCUCCGCUUGUAGGCAACAUAUUGUGUUGUCGAGUUUCAACGAUGCUAGACUGAGAGCGUUGGUGGACCGGCCGCUACCGGGCCAACUGCGCAAUAGAAGUGGUUGUAUUAGACUAACGGGGCCGCCACCGUCAAAAGGUUCAUUAGCGAGGGCCGUCUCGUCGCAUAUCAUUCAUACGUUUAGAGGUAUACGCUGCGCGGCGCCAGCUUCAUCAAUGGACGCGCGCGUCAAUGCGUUCAAGGACAAGGUGCUGCCCUCCUUAUUGAGGCGGCGCGGUGCUUCCAUAAAUGGCGCGCGGACACUCAUAUACUGCGGGUCCUACCCCGAGUUCCUGGCGUGUCGGGCGGCCCUGCGGGAACAAGGCGCGGACUUCGUGUCAAUACACGAAUAUUCCCGAGACUCCGAGGUGUCGCGCGGGCGGUCGCGCUUCUUCCACGGCCGCGCGCCGCUCUUACUCUAUUCGGGGCGGGCGCACUUCUACCAGCGCUACCGGAUUAGGGGAGCGUCGAACUACGUCUUCGUCAGCCCGCCGGACCACGCCCACUUCUACUCGGAACUCCUCUCGUUCGCGCGCGACGACGAGGCCACGGGCGCGGCGCCGACGGCGCUCUGCCUCUACACGCGCUUCGACGCGCUCGCUCUCGCGCGGGUCCUGGGCGACGCGCGGGCGCGGGCGUGUUUGAAGCGCGACGCGCGCGGCGUCGGCGGGGACCACGUGUUCCAGGGGGCGUCGUCGUAGGUUGUGUUUUAUAUUCA